AUGUCUUUUGAGAGAGAUAGAGAGAGACAUCAACAUACAGAUAGUUGCUUACAUGGAUCACUCAUUCCAUCCUAUUUUAAUAUUACUAGCAGUAGUUUCAUUACUAUGUGGUACAACGUUAUCACAAACAUUGAACCAAGAAGAAGACAAUAUGGAUUAUUUGUACCACCAGCGACGAUAUGCCAAUCACAGUACUAUGUAUGCUCCCUUAACGUGACAGAUGGACAGUACCAUCUUACUGAAAUGCUUAUUCAAAAUGUUGGUCGAGAGGUAGCCAAUGUUUCUCUCAAUCUUUUAGAAUCCCUCAAAACGCUUAAACAAUUGCAAACGAUAGUGAUAGAGAACGACCCAACCAUCAACUAUGUGCCUCCAGACUUUACUGAUUUCCCAAGGUUGUCCCUGUUCAGUUUGAGUUGUCCAGGCUUGACGUCUCUUCCCUCGAAUCUUCUCAACAAUUCGGCAGUGGCUACACUUGCCAUUUUGAGACCAGUCCUAUCGCUGGUCAUUAGUCCCUCCCUCUACCUCCCCCAACUAGCUUCUUUUAGAAUCUCUUUAAAUUGCACUGGUCCAUCACAUUCCAUCAAUUUUACACCAAAAUCAUUUCCUCUGUUAUCAACAGUUAAUAUUUUUACAGUUGAAAAUGCAAACAUUACAGUACAUUUUAAUUUAAUUCGUCAAUCCUCCAUAACUUGUAUGGGUGCCAGCCCAUGGAACCAGGGUCAAUGUCACUUACGUAUUGGAAAUGCAUCUGUUAUUACAAGUUUAAACCUAAGAUACAAUCAUCUUUUAUCGAUUCCAUCGAUACCACAAAGUUUGAGACAAUUAGAUUUGGAUGGUAAUAAUUUAACAACAUUGAAUGUUACAAUGGUUGGUGCUCACACUGGAUUGGAAGUUUUGAGAGUUUCAAACAAUACACAAUUCAUUGGUCCAAUCACCGAGGACUAUUGUGCACAUCAACUCAAUGUUCUUUAUACUCUUGUCGAGUCAUUACCAGAUUGUUUUUGGUGCUACAUCAAUGCAUCAAAUGUCGGUCCUUAUGUCCUGACCUCUUUAACAUUCCCAUCCAAGUUUUUUUGUAAUGUUACAAUUGAAAAUGCUAAUAAUAUUGUAACAAAUAAUGGAAAGUACACUUUGAUAGGCAAAAACCUUGGUUGGGGUUAUGAGGAUGGGACUUUUGAUUAUUUACUUACAAAGGUGGUUGCAAAUAGUAAACUAGAUAUUGCCUUUAGCGGUAUAUCAAACGUUCCCACCAAUUUUACAUUGAAUUUGUUGCCAUUUGACCCAGAGCCACAAACGCAGAUUACAGUUGUAGAGGGUGGGGUUGGGAUAUCCUCUUUAUCCCUCCAAACAUUUAUCAACGAAACCGGUUCUGAAUCGUCCAUUCUCUUAAAAGGCACUUUUAAUAACUACUUUGUUCAUUAUGGAAGAGUUGGCUCUCGCAACUGCAGCUUUUUGGUGUUUAGCCCUCCAAACGAACAGAUGUGCAUCAUGUUUGAUCUGUCACCCGGUACUCAUACCCUCACCUUUUACAACGAUUAUUACAGCACAUCGGCGGUGUUUCAAGUGGCCUCUUUUCCAAAAAUCGAUUCAAUCACACCAUUGCCUGCCGCGAUUGGAUCAGUGAUUACAUUGUCUGGUAAUUUUGGACCAUCAGUAACACCCAUCACCGUUAAAUUUUACAGUGCAACAAUAUUCGUUUCAGAUUGUCUAAUUGUUUCAUUUGCACCGUCGACCAUUGCCUGUCAAGUAAAUUCACCAUUGGUAGACCAAAUAGCAGUCGCAGUCUCGGACGGCACCAAUACUGGUUCAAUACUAGUCUCUAACCAACUUAUUUGUCAACAAUCAACCAACGAUUGUUAUGGAAACGGUAUUUGUGGUGUUGACGGUAUAUGUGUUUGUAAUAGCGAUGGUUAUUAUAAUAAUUGUUCAAAACCAUAUCCAAUCAUAUCAUCUGCCAGUUACAACUCUACAACCAACAACAUAAUUAGUAUCAAUGGUGAUUUUGGACCAUCUAUAUCAUCAUUUGAAAUUGUAUCAGUCAAAAUUAAUAAUACUUACGAUUGUUCGGUCGACUAUAAAUCACAAUCAUUAAUCAUUUGUACCUUGACCAACCAACCAAAUUAUGGAUUAUCAUCAGUUCAAUUACAACUUGAUUCAUUGAAUACUAGUGCAAGGAAUAUUUUAUAUCUUCGUAGGCCUGGAAAUGGAGGUAAUAAUGGUACAACAACAACAACAACAACAACAGGAGGAGGAGGAUCAACAACAGGUUCAACAACUUCCACCUCGGGUGGAUCAACAGACACACCACAACAAUUAUGUAUCCAACAAACAUCGAAUUGUUAUGGUCAUGGUAAAUGUGAUGUAAACGGAAUAUGUCAAUGUGAUAAGGAUUACAAUCCAGUUGAUAAUUGUUUUACAAAGUUUAUCAAUACAACUAUUACACCAAAUACAACAGAUCCAACGGUAUCAUUUGAUAUUGAUGGAAUUGAUUUCCAAUUUGAAGUUGUAUCCAUUCAAGAAUUGGAUUUUGAUAGUAAUGUUGUCAGAGAAUUAUUUAUUUCAAAUUAUACUUGGAUUGUCAAUGCUGCAACUAAUAAUAUGACAACAACUGUUGAUUAUCAAUUAAAUACAACUUUAUCUUCUUCAAUCCUAUUCCGAUUAGUCAAUGUAUUAUCAACGAUAUCAUUCUCGACACAAGCAAGAGAUAUUCAAUUUGGAGAUCAACAACUUCACAUCAAUCCAAAUUCGAUAAAGUUGGCAAUCAAUAUUACAAAUUGGCAAUAUUCAUCAAAUUUAGCAACACUCAGGGUUGUAUUCAGAACAAUCAUCAUCAACAAUCAAUCUGUAGAAUUUGAUUGCAAUCAAAAAGAGAUUGAGCCAUUGUCCUAUGAUUCAUUAUCAUCAUUGCAGUAUCUCAGAGUGAUCAAAGAUGAUAUUCAAUUCAAUGGUCGAUUCAUUGAUGUUGCUCUUUCAGAUGGCCGACCAACCUAUUCACAAACACAACUCAUUUCAAUGACACAAUCAACCGAUAUUCAGGAACAAUCGAUUGCACUGAUUGGUAUCAACUUGCCACAAUGUCAAUCAUGUGUUCUCGAUCCUGAUUUCUCACCAUUAUUAAUCGACAAGAGUAAUGAUAGUGGAUGUGACGGCGGUAGCCAAUCGAAUAACUGGAGAAUCAUCGUUGGAUGUGUUGUUGGUGGAGUUGGUGCUGUCGCUAUUACAGCAGCUGCGAUCAUCGCCGUCAAAAAGACACAAGCCAAGAUUAGAUUCAACAAACAGAUGCAUAUGAAACUUCAAGCAAUGAAUUAG